AUGUUGCUGCUGCGGAGCAAACCUGGAGUCUCUUAUUCUAAGCUAGAUCACUUGGUAUCAAAAGGAAAAAUGAAGAUUCUCCUGGUCUUUCUAGGCCUGCUUGGAAAUUCUGCUGCUAUGCCAAUGCAAAUGCCCCGAAUGGCUGGAUUUAGCAGUAAAAGUGAAGAGAUGUCACAACUGGGCCCCUUUUAUGGGAAUGGCCUACAGCCCCCUCAGCACUUCCCACAGAUGCCCAUGUGGCCUCAGCCACCACCAAACACGUGGCACCCAAAGAAACCCUCGGCUCCCUCAGAACCCAAACACCAGAGUAAGACUGAUCAAGCCCAGGAGACUCAGAAACCCAACCAGCCUCAUCCAAAAAAGCCACCACCAAAGCGGCCUUUAAAGCAGCCUCCAAAGACACCACCUCAGCCCAAGGAAGAAGCCCAGCCACCUCAGACAUUCCCACCAUUCAAUACUGGGCUAUUUCCUUAUCAACAACCACCAUGGCAAAUUCCACAGAGGGUACCACCAGGUUAUGGUCGCCCACCAAUCAGCAAUGAAGAAGGUGGGAAUCCUUACUUUGGAUACUUCGGAUAUCAUGGAUUUGGGGGUCGUCCUCCUUAUUAUUCUGAAGAGAUGUUUGAACAAGAUUUUGAAAAACCCAAAGAAAAAGAUCCCCCUAAAGCAGAGAGUCCAGCUACAGAGCCCACAACGAAUUCAACUGUUUCUGAGACUAAUUCAACCCAACCAAAUGUGCCUAGUCCUGGAGGGAGUCAGGGCGGAAAUGACACGGCCCCAGCAGGAAACAGUAAUGGCCCAAACCCUACAGCUCAAAAUGGGGUCAUUUCACCCCCUACAGUUAAUAUUUCAAACCAGGGAGUACCAGGAAGUCAAAUCCCUUGGGGACCAAGACAGCCAAAUUAUCAUGACAAUUAUCCAAAUCGAGGUUUUCCAACAGGAAGACAAUGGCGUUCCACUGGUACUGCCUUAGGGCCCAGACAGAACAGGCCUUUUUACAGAAAUCAACAAGUUCAAAGGGGUCCUCAGUGGAACGCCUUUACUUUGGAAGGCAAACAAAUAGCUCGCCAAGGAUAUCCAGCUUUUCACAAAGCUUAUGCUUCCAUUUCAAGAAGUAAUUCUCCCAAUCAGGCAGGAAAUCGAGCGAAUUUCAUAAGAAAGUUUCAAGGACCAAACAAACCCCCUGUGGGAGUCAAUGUUGCCCCAUUGGGAACCAAACAUGGUACUGUUGUCCACAAUGAAAAAGUCCAAAAUCCAAGGGAGAAGCCACUAGGUCAGAAAGAAAGAGUAGUUGUUCCUACAAGGGAUCCAACUGGCCCCUGGAAAAACUCUCAAGUUUAUGGAGUUAAUAAAUCAAAUUAUCAACUACCUCGUUCUGAGGGCAGCACACAAGUCCCAAGUUUUAAUUCCAUUGAUCAACGUGAAAACUCCUACUACCCAAGGGAAGAGUCCAGAAAAGUUCAAAAUUCUGAUGGACAAAUCCAAAACCAGCAUUUACCCAAAGGGAUUGUUUUAGAGCCAAGAAUCCUAUAUGAAUCAGAAACUAAUCAGCCAGAAUUAAAGCACAAUACAUAUCAUACCCUAUACCCUGAGGAAAUCCCUUCCCCUGCGAGAGAACAUUUUCCUCCUGUAAGAAACCAUUGGAACCACCAAGAAAUCUCUCCACCUCUUGAGGAAAAUCUUAGAAGGCAGGAAGGACCUUUGCCUCAUCCUUCCCAUGGCUCUCGAGGAAGUGUUUUCUACUCUGAAUAUAAUCCCUAUGAUCCCAGAGAAAACGCACCAUACCUUAGGAGAAAUACAUGGGAAGAGAGGGGUGAUUCACCCAAUACCAUGGGGCAACCAGAAAAUCCACUGUACCCUAUGAAUACUCCAAACCACAAAGAGACAAUCCCUUACAAUGAAGAGGACCCAACUGAUCCUACUGGAGAUGAACCGUUCCCAGGACCAGGUAGAUGGGGUGAAGAAGAAUCUAGUUUUAAAGGAAGCCCGACAGUUAGGUACUAUGAAAGCCAACCAUAUGCCUCAAAUCAGCCAAAAGAACACCUUCCCUAUUCCUUGGAUAACCCCCUAAAACCCAGAGAAGAUUUUCCAUAUGAUGAAUUUUACCCCUGGGGCCCAGAUGAUAAUUUUCUAUCAUAUAAUACAGCUCCUACUAUAUCACCACCUGUGGAGAGCAGGGGCUAUUAUGUUAAUAAUGUUGUUGGACAAGAAGAAAACACUCAACUUCCUCCUUGGAAUUCCUGGGACCAUAGGAUUCAAGCUCGUGGUCCAAAAGAAAGAGGGCUGUAUUUUAACAGAAAUUUCUUGGAUCAGGCAGCAAAUUCACAUAAAUUUCCAGCUAUCCCACCAGACCAUAGAGAAAACCAGCCCUAUUCCAAUAACUUCCCAGCCGGGCUUCAGAAAAAUCCACCAUGGUAUGAAGGUGAGAAUUUGAACUAUGGUGUGCAAAUUACUAGGUUAAAUUCACCAGAAGGGGAACGUUUGGCUUUCCCAGACUUAAUUCCUCAAAGUUACCCACCUGAUCAAAAAGAAGCAAAUUUAUUUCACCAAAACCAAAGAGGUCCCUGCUGUGCUGGAGGAUCCACAGAACCCAAGGAUAAUCCACUUGCUCUACAAGACUACACUCCAUCCUUUGGUCUUGCACCAGGGGAGAACCAAGACACCAGCCCUCUCUAUACAGAAAGUAGUCAUACUAAGCAUGCAAGACAUAUCAUCUCCCCAACAAGUAUCUUACCUAGCCAAAGAAACAGUUCAGAAAAAAGGCUGCCUGAGGAAAACCAAAACCCAAGUCCUUUUAGAGAUGAUGUGUCCACCCUGAGGAGGAACACACCAUGUUCUAUAAAAAAUCAACUGGGUCAAAGGGGAAUGAUGCCCUUUCCUGAAACCAACUCCCUUCAAUCAAAGAAUACUCCUUGUCUUAAAAAUGAUCUUGGCGGAGAUGGGAACAACAUUAUAGAACAAAUGUUUGAAGGCAACCAACCUAGUGAAAGAAUGAUUGACCUCACCCCUGAGCAGCUUGUGAUAGGUAUCACUGACAAAAACCCCAAACCAGAAGCAAUCCAAAGUGAAGUCCAAGGAAAUGAGGAUGGAAUGCAGCAACCAAGGCCAUCAAGCAUCCUACAGUUACCAUGCUUUGGUUCCAAAUUAGCAACGCAUCAUUUCUCUGGCACUGGAACUCAACUUAGCAAUGGAAAGGAAGGCCCAUUUGAAGAAGAUCCAAUUUUACCUACUGAAAAUCCUAACACAUUGGUUGAGUUAGCUACUGGGGCACAGUUUAAGAGUGUGAAUGUAAAUGCAGGUGAACACACUCCAUUUGAAUCCUUUAAAAAAGGGACCAAUCUACAGGACCAGGUACAAGACUGUGUAUUACUUCAAGUUUAG